CGCACGGCCCUGCCCCGUCCCCGCCCCCGGGCCCGCCCUGCCCGCCGCCUCCGCCGCCUCCCGCCGCGCCGGGCCGGGCCGGGCCGCCAUGAAGUGUCACUACGAGGUGCUGGGGGUGCGGCGCGACGCCGCCGAGGAGGAGCUGAAGCGCGCCUACCGCCGGCUGGCGCUGCGCUGGCACCCGGAUAAGAACCUAGAGAACGCGGAGGAAGCGGCAGAGCAGUUCAAGUUGAUCCAGGCGGCCUAUGACGUUCUCAGUGACCCCCAGGAAAGAGCCUGGUAUGAUAAUCACAGGGAGGCUCUGCUGAAAGGAGGAGUUGAUGGAGACUAUCAGGAUGAUAGUUUGGAUCUGCUGCGCUACUUCACUGUCAGCUGUUACUCUGGAUAUGGAGAUGAUGAAAAGGGAUUCUUUACAGUCUAUCGGCAAGUUUUUGAAAAGAUUGCAAAAGAAGAGAUGGAAUACAUGACCCAGGAAGAUACUGAAGAAUUCCCUAUGUUUGGAAAUUCCCAAAGUGACUAUGAUACGGUAGUUCACCCUUUCUAUGCAUAUUGGCAGAGUUUCUGUACUCAGAAAAACUUUGCUUGGAAAGAAGAAUAUGACACACGACAAGCCUCAAACCGCUGGGAGAAACGUGCUAUGGAAAAAGAGAACAAGAAAACAAGAGAUAAAGCAAGGAAAGAGAGGAAUGAACUGGUCCGUCAGCUAGUAGCAUUUAUUCGUAAGAGGGAUAAAAGAGUACAGGCUCACAGAAAGCUUGUAGAAGAACAAAAUGCAGAAAAAACUAGGAAAGCAGAGGAAUUUCGGAGGCAGCAGAAGCUCAAACAAGCCAAGCUUGCAGAGCAGUAUAAAGAACAGAGCUGGAUAACUAUGUCAGAUCUGGAGAGAGAGUUGCAAGAGAUGGAGGCACAAUAUGAAAAGGAAUUUGGAGAUGGAUCAGAUGAGGAGGAGGAAUUAGACGAACAGGAGACAAAAGUCAUCGAAGACAACCUGAAUGACGAGACUGAAGAAGCUGAGUUUGUUGAUGGUCUGUACUGCCCUGCUUGUGACAAACUGUUAAAGACUGAGAAAGCCAUGAAGAACCAUGAAAAGUCAAAGAAGCAUCGAGAGAUGGUCGCACUGUUGCGACAGCAACUGGAAGAAGAAGAAGGGAAAUUUUCUGUGUCUUUGGAUGAUGCAAAUGGAAUACACACCAAAGAGGAGGAAGAAACAGAAGAUACGCCCAAGCAGAAGCUCUCAAAGAAGCAGAGGAAGAAACAGAGAACAAUGAUGACUUAUGAGGACUCUCUUGACAAAAGUGCUGAUGAAGAAACAGUUGAACAAAAGGAGGUGUGCUGCAUGGACAAGGACAGUGGCUCAGCAGAAGAGCUGGUGAAUGAUGGGCAAAGAUGUGCCGAGCCAGAGGACACAAGCACGACAGAAGAUGUCAGCCAAGUGAAAGAAGCAGCAACCGAAGCUAAAAGCAGUACUAAACCAAAAGGGAAAAAAGCCAAAGAUGCAAAAAAGUCUGCCAAGGCAUCUUCUGAGCAGCCAGCGAAUGAAGUUCCCAUCCUCUGUGUCACCUGCAACUGUGCAUUUCAAUCCCGAAAUAAGCUGUUUGAACACCUAAAAGCCACAGGACAUGCAAAAGCAACACAAGCACCACCUGUAAAUGGAGCUGUAAGUGCCAGAAACAAAAAAGAGAAACGCAAAAACAGAUAGAACUUUGUCUUCCAAAUCAUAAAUGAAAACUCUUCCAAAGAGGAAAGUUGCACAGUGCCUGUGUUUGGAGUUAAUUAGAAAAAGCAAGUCCUAAUUUUGGGGGAGAAAAAAAAAAAGAAGAUGCAACAAAAGGAACCUGUGCUUUGUUUUGGUUUCAUUAGCCUUUCUUUAAUGACUGGAUUUGCUGUACCAUCUUAGCAGCUUUCAUGCUAGGGGUGGUUUCCACAUUGGGGAUGGGGAAGUAGCAUUACAAAGCUGCUCCCCUUGCAGUUCUGUUGAAACUUGCACAGAUAACCUACCCACACCGAAGAAAUAAUAAAUUAUUUUAAUACUUGU